AUGACAACUACAAAGCCCAGUACCUUGAAUAUGAAGCCAUCUAUUGCUUCUUUAAGCACAGCUGGGCCUAGGGCUUUGAGUGCUCCUAAUGGAAUAGACAGGCCCUUCAGACCUUGUGCGAACUGUACGUGCUCUCCCGGGCUGCUUUCAAGACAAAAUAGAAGGUCGUCUCUGUUCAUGAGGCAGUUAACUAAUUCAAGGAGAAAAUCUUUCUACAGGGAUGGUCAUUCGUCCAGCCAUGGAUCUGGCGAAUCUGUGUAUUCCUCCGAUACCAUCUGUCAGGUAAAAGACAUUAAUACAUCAGAGAGGUUAUUACGUUUGAGAAAGAAAAUGGCAGACCACGAAAUCUGUUGCUACAUUGUACCUAGCGAAGAUGAGCACCAGUCGGAAUAUGUUUCAUUGGCGGACCAAAGAAGAGCUUUCAUUUCUGGUUUCACAGGUUCGGCCGGUGUUGCAUGUAUCACAAGAGAUUUGUUGAACUUCAACAAGGACCAACCGGAGGGGAAGUCCGUCCUCAGCACCGAUGGUCGUUAUUUCAAUCAAGCUUCUCAAGAACUUGACUUCAACUGGAGAUUAAUUAAACAAGGCGAAGAUCCUGUUACGUGGCAAGAGUGGUGUGUGAAUGAGGCUAAAGAGAUGUCACUAAGUUUGGGUGGGAAAAUUGCCAAAAUUGGUAUUGAUCCUAAGCUAAUCACCUUUGACCAAGUUACAAAAUUCAAAGCUCUCAUUAAGGAUAAGGUCGAGGACACUAAUGCAAAGGUCGAGCUGGUACCCGUUGAAGAUAAUCUCAUUGAUGCCAUCUGGGGAAAAUUCGAAGCCGUUCCUGUCAGAGAAUCCAAUGACUUGUUGCACUUAGAUGAUGGAUUUACUGGCGAGAGCUUCCAAGAAAAGCGUUCGCGUCUCAUAAAAUAUUUGAAUGACAAGACGAAGGGCAGUCAAGCUUUCUGUACUAUAGCUUUAGACGAGAUUUGCUGGUUGCUAAAUUUGAGGGGGUCAGACAUCGAAUACAACCCAGUUUUCUACGCAUACUUGAUAAUCAGAGGAGAUGAGACCAUUUUGUUUACUGAGAAUCCCUACGAUGAUGGGAUUAAAAAGUAUUUUAAGGAGAAUAAAAUAGAGGUUAAGGCCUACUCUAACUUCUGGGAAGAGAUCGCACAUACAGCAUCUGUUUUGUCAGAAAAGAAAGAAACUAUUGUCAUUCCCACAGGAGCGUCCUGGGAGAUUUAUCGCAAAAUAAAUGGGGCUUCUCAUAAGGAAAUUCAGUCACCCAUCGAAAUUUUCAAGGCUGUGAAAAAUAGUGUUGAGAUAAGGAAUGCUCAUGCUGCACAAGUGAAAGACGCUAUCUGUCUGACCCAGUAUUUCGCGUGGCUUGAGGAACAACUUACUGUUAAAGAAGCUCUAAUCGAUGAGUACAAGGCGGCUUGCAAACUCAUUGAAAUCAGGAAGACCCAAAAGAACUUUAAAGGUAAUUCUUUCGAGACUAUUUCUUCAACAGGUGCUAACGCAGCUGUUAUUCACUAUGCGCCACCAGCGGAAAAUUCAUCUAUGAUCGAUCCCUCUAAGAUUUAUUUGUGUGAUAGUGGAUCGCAGUUUUUGGAAGGCACAACUGAUAUAACAAGAACACUACAUUUCACCAAACCAACCAAGGAGGAAAUUCGUAACUACACACUGGUCUUGAAGGGUAAUUUAGCUCUCGAAAGGCUGGUCUUCCCUGAGGGAACUUCUGGUUACAGCAUCGACGUCAUUGCCAGACAAUUUCUUUGGAAAGAGGGCCUUGACUAUAGACAUGGGACCGGUCACGGCGUUGGAUCUUUCCUAAAUGUGCAUGAAGGUCCAAUGGGAAUUGGGUUUAGACCCCAUUUGAUGAAUUACUCUUUAACUAAAGGUAAUAUCAUCACUAAUGAACCUGGUUAUUAUAAGGAUGGUGAAUAUGGUAUUAGAAUAGAGAAUGAUCUUCUGGUCAAAAGGGCAGAGGGAUUAAAAUUUGGUGAGCGCAAGUUUUUGAAAUUUGAGAACUUAACCCUCGUCCCAUAUUGCAGAAAACUCAUCGAUGUCAAGAUUUUGACGCCCGAAGAAAAAAAUCAAAUCAACGAGUACCAUUCAAGGAUAUGGCAUUGUGUGGUUCCCUUCUUACAACCUCAAAGUAUAUCCUACAAGUGGUUGAAAAGGGAGACUGCAACUCUAUAA